CGUCACUAUCUGCUCCAAUGCUCCACCGUGAUAUAGACUAGGACUAGAAUUUCAAACAGGUCAAAGUAAAUUCAGCAGACAGGAUUGAUAACCAUCUUCACCAUCUCAUCUCUCUUCCGGUUAUCAUGUCGUCAGAUGCGAUCAAGACCCUUCAGCAGAAACUUUUUAGAGGAACUGAGGAUAACAAUGGCAUUCAGCAAGCGGAUCCGCGUGAUCCUGGACUGACGAUUCAAAUCCCCAAGGCAGCUGCACCGGCACUGUCUCUCAAAGCACCACCGAAAACUUCGAAGGCUGUUUCAAACGAUCCCAAGAUUCAGGAAAAUGAUUCGACCAAGAGCUACAGACAGCAGUUGUCUGAAUUAUUAGGCGCGGAUUAUCAUGGAGUUGAGAAAUAUCGUUUGCUGCAGGAUCAGAAUCGUGAGCGUCACUGGAAGCGGUGGGGACCUUAUCUUAGUGAUAGGCAAUGGGCAACUGUUCGGGAGGACUAUUCAGACAAUGGUGACGCCUGGAGCCAUUUCCCCCAUGAGCACUCCCGAUCCCGUGCGUACAGAUGGGGUGAAGAUGGCAUCGGUGGCAUAUCGGAUAGCCACCAGCGCCUUUGCUUUUCACUCGCUCUCUGGAAUGGGCAGGACUCUAUCCUGAAGGAAAGGCUAUUCGGAGUCACAGGCCACCAGGGAAACCAUGGGGAAGAUGUCAAGGAACUUUACUACUACCUGGAUUCCACCCCAACCCAUUCAUACAUGAAGUUCUUAUACAAGUAUCCUCAACGCAGGUUUCCAUACGAGGAACUGGUGGACGAGAAUGUUCACCGUGACCGGAACGUUGAGGAGUAUGAAAUUUUAGAUACGGACGUCUUCGACGACGAUCGUUACUGGGAUGUUUUCAUGGAGUAUGCGAAAGACGAAGACGAUCCAGACAAUGUUUACAUCCGUAUUACGAGUUACAACCGUGGACCUGACCCCGCCACCUUGCAUAUUAUCCCGCAACUGUGGUUCAGGAACACAUGGUCCUGGCCUGCACAGAAACCGCCCAUGCCAUCACUAUCCGCCGCCGCUACCGACAAUGACAUUAGCUACGUCAAGGUCAAACACCCAGACAUGGCGGGGAGCUUCCUGUGUUGUCUGCCAUCUCCUCCACCCGCGGGUGCGGACGGGGAAUUUGUUGGUGAUGAUGAUGAUGUCGUACAACCAGAUUUGCUAUUCACAGACAACGACACAAAUUUCCGCCGAUUGUAUGGCGGCAUAAAUCAGAGUGCAUUCGUGAAAGACGCCUUUCAUGAUCAUAUCAUUCCAUCCCACAGAUCUAAGCGAGGGCGCUCAGAUUCACAAGGGCUAGAUGACUCGAGUGCCGCACGCCCAGCAGGAUCGAUCCCUACCUGCGAAGCUCCAUCCCAAGAGUUGCCGUUUGUAAACCCCGAACGACGUGGAACCAAGUCUGCCGCGCAUUACACCUUCCGCGACGUCCCAGGCCGAGGUGGAUGUGCCGUGGUCCGUCUGAAGUUGACCCCACUUUCUCCGAGCAAGGACAGAAGCAUCGAAGAUGAAGGUGCUUUCGACGAUGUUAUAGAGGAGCGUCGGGAGGAAGCAAAUGAGUUCUAUAGUUCUUUGCUCCUUGGCCCCAUUAGCGACGACUUGAAGCAGGUAAUGAGGCAAGCGCUUGGGGGCAUGCUUUGGACGAAACAGUUCUAUUACUUCGUGCAACAGGAGUGGAUUGAAGGCGAUCCAGCUCAACCUCCACCUCCCCCUGGACGCCAACAUAUUCGUAAUAAGCACUGGCGCCAUAUGCACAUAGAAGACAUUCUUUCCAUGCCUGACAAAUGGGAAUACCCUUUCUUUGCCGCAUGGGACACGGCAUUUCAUUGCAUUCCCCUCGCCGUGGUGGAUCCUUCGUUUGCAAAGAAGCAAUUAGAUUUACUAACUCGGGAAUGGUACAUGAAGCCUGACGGCCAGAUUCCUGCGUACGAAUGGAAUUUCAGUGAUGUCAACCCACCGGUCCAUGCCUGGGCGACGUUUAGAGUCUUCAAAAUAGAACGCAAACUCACUGGCAGAGAGGAUCUCCCUUUUUUGGAACGUGUCUUCCAGAAGUUAUUGCUCAAUUUCACGUGGUGGGUCAAUCGUAAGGACUCCGGGGGACACAAUGUAUUCGAGGGAGGAUUUCUUGGGCUUGAUAAUAUCGGCAUAUUCAACCGUUCCGAGCCACUUCCCACGGGCGGGAGCUUGCGCCAGGCGGAUGGCACUGCGUGGAUGGCAUUUUAUUGUUUGAAUAUGCUAAACAUAGCCCUUGAGUUGGCAAAGCACAAUGCUGUAUAUGAAGACAUCGCUUCCAAGUUCUUCGAGCACUUCAUCUUCAUUGCAGACGCCAUGACUUAUAGAACAGGGGAUAACGAGUUGAGCCUAUGGAACGAGAAAGAUGGCAUGUAUUAUGACGCCAUUGAGUUUGGCCCAGGGAAUUCGUUUCAGCUUCCUAUUAGGAGCUUUGUCAGUCUCAUCCCCCUUUACGCGACCCUUGUCUUGGAACCCGCCACAAUCAAUCGAUUCCCUGGAUUCAAGAAGCGCGUGGAAUGGUUCAUCGAUAAUCGACCCGGGAUGUCGGGGAGAAACAUGGCGAAUAUGAGGGCUGGAGGUAGAGGCGAACGUCGUUUACUCGCUUUGGCUAGUAAAGAACGCCUAGUGCGCAUGCUGGAGAAGAUGCUAGACGAGGAUGAGUUCCUCAGCGAAUACGGCAUUCGUUCAUUAUCCAAGCUGCACAAGGAAAAGCCAUGGGGAAUGCACGUCAACGGAGAAUGGCAUGAGGUUGGGUAUUGGCCUGGAGAAUCCCACUCUGGAAUGUUCGGUGGAAACUCGAAUUGGAGAGGGCCUAUCUGGCUUGCUGUCAACUUCCUUCUGAUAGAAAGUCUGCAGCGGUUUUAUCAGUAUUACGGUGACGACCUGCAGGUCGAAUGUCCCACCGGCAGCGGAGAGUAUAUGAACCUCGUGGAGGUGGCAGAGGAAAUACAGCAUCGAAUAAUUCACAUUUUUGGACGUGAUGUCGAAGGCAAAAGGGCCACCAACGGUGGGAACGUGAAGCUUGACCAUGACGCGCACUUCCGCGAUUACGUCUCCUUUUAUGAGUUUUUCCAUGGAGAUACCGGGCGUGGCUUAGGGGCAUCGCAUCAAACAGGAUGGACUGGCCUCGUUGCAUAUCAUAUCCUUCAAAGCGGUGCGAGCUGUCGGUUACCUAAAACUCCACGGACACCCCGAAGCCUCGUCAAUCAUUACUUUGACGAAACAAUCGAUGCUCAUUCCGAGCAUGGUGAAGAUACCCGGUCGUUGUACAGUGCCAUGACAUUGGAACUCAACACAUUGGGCGACAUCUCUCCCGACGCUCUGUGAUAAUAGAUAUCAGAAACGAUGGGGACAUAGAAAUUGGAUUGCCUUCCCAUGUCCUUCUCAUACGACUCACCAAUAGACGAUGCCUUGUCAGUGUUAGAUUGUCGGUUAUAUGCAAACGAAAACCUCUUAGACGCCAAUAAACAUGAUGUAUUUGAAUAAAACCGUAGCAAUGAGUGCAGUAUUCUAAUAAAAAUUACACGUGACUAGUGCUCCACUUUUAGAUGAUAUACGAUGCCCAAGGAUUCAAAAGU